AAACACAUUACAUUAGUUUAAAAAACCCAAACAUUGACUCAUGACCAAUCCAGUGAAAGUUAGAUUGGGCCUAUGAGUCAAACAUGAGCCCAAAACAUUGUUUUGCCUUCUGAAACCAUGUCAACCUUCUCUCUCUUUACCAGAGCCAAUCUGAAAAGUCCAAAGAAGCCAACUUCCUCCAUUCUUUCUCGUUCAAAAUCUAACCUUGGAGCAGGCCAACUGCAUUCUCCAACCAAAAGAUGAUGAUAGAUCGUUAUUCAAUAGCUUUGUUUCUGGUGCUUUCAUUUCUUGUUGGAGUAUUGGAUGCUAGUGCUGGUGAUUCUGAUCUACGUUACAGGGCUUGUGUGGCACAAUGUGAGAAAACUGGAUGUGUCGGGGAAAGAUGCUUUCCACACUGCAAAUUUCCUUCUGACAGGGUUGCCAUUGAGGGUCCAUGGUAUAUGCAAGAACCACUUUACUUGAAGUGGAAACAAUGGGAUUGCCACAGUGAUUGUCGUUACAAUUGCAUGAUUGACAGAGAGAAAGAAAGAGAAGCACUUGGUGAUGGACCUGUCAAGUAUCAUGGUAAAUGGCCCUUCAGGCGUGUUUUUGGAAUUCAGGAACCAGCUUCUGUAGCUUUCUCUGCACUCAACCUAGCAAUGCAUUUUCAUGGUUGGCUAUCCUUUUUCAUCCUUCUUUACUACAACUUGCCUUUGAAACAAGAUAAGAAGGCAUACUAUGAGUUCGCAAGCUUGUGGCAUAUAUAUGGCCUCUUGUCAAUGAACUCAUGGUUCUGGAGUGCUGUUUUCCAUAGUCGUGAUGUGGAUUUGACAGAAAAAUUAGACUACUCAUCUGCUGUGGCACUGCUUGGUUAUUCUCUUAUCUUAGCCAUACUGAGAAGUUUUAAUGUGAGAGAUGAGGCUGCCAGAGUCAUGGUUGCUGCUCCAUUUCUUGCCUUUGUGACUACCCAUAUAUUGUACCUCAACUUCUAUACACUUGACUACGGGUGGAACAUGAAAGUUUGUGUAGUCAUGGGGGUUGCUCAACUUCUCAUUUGGACAAUUUGGGCUGGUAUGACUCGCCAUCCUUCUCGCUGGAAGUUGUGGGUGGUGGUCAUUGGAGGUAGCCUUGCAAUGCUUCUGGAGAUCUAUGAUUUCCCUCCUUAUCAAGGAUUCUUUGAUGCCCAUGCUCUAUGGCAUGCCACAACUAUUCCACUUACCUGCCUAUGGUGGAGCUUCAUUAGGGACGACGCCAAGUUUCGAACUUCCAACCUCCUUAAGAAGGCUAAGUAGCCCCCUGUAAAACUGACAUGUAAACCGUCUAUCAUCUUAUAGCAGCUUGACCACUUAAAAACCUGUCUUAUUAAUUGGCGUAAGGUUUUUGCUUAUCAUUUCUCCCUAUUAUUUGUUCUUGUUAUGAUACAUAAAAGGGAGAUUGCUUAGUUGGGAUUCCCAGUUGGUUGAAACUUGAAACACCAAUUUUGCUGGAAUUGGAUUAUGAGAUGGAUGUUAAACUUGUAACAUUGAAUAAUUCAAUUCUUGUGUAGAUUCAAACCAUUAUGUUUGAAUGGUUUUGGUUUUAUCA